GUGACCUUAUGUAAUAACGUAACAUAAAGCUUAACCUCCCAAAUUCAAUCACAAAGCAAAAGAAGGAGGGUCCACUAUUCUCUCACAUUCACACAUUCUUUAACAAAAGAAAUCACCACUUUAGAUAUUUCUGUUUCUUCAAUCAUUCUUCUUCAUACAGGACACUGGAAGUCUACGUGUGUGUGUGAGAGAGAGAGAAGCUACUAAGUUAGCAGAAAGCUUAUUUAGUGAAGAAGAUCAGUGCACACAUAUAUAUAUUUAUAUUGGAAAAUGGGUGUUCUUGAUCAUGUUUCGAACAUGUUAAAUUGCUCCAGCGGCCAUUCCAAGCAUCAUAAGAAACGCAAACAGCUUCAGACAGUAGAGAUGAAGAUCAAGAUAGACUGUGAAGGAUGUGAGAGAAAGGUGAGAAGGUCUGUGGAAGGAAUGAAAGGCGUGACAUCAAUAGACAUAUCACCGAAGCAGAACAAGCUGACGGUGACCGGCUACGUGGUGCCGGAGAAGGUGGUGGCGCGUGUGGCUCACCGCACGGGCAAGAAGACCGAGCUCUGGCCCUACGUCCCCUACGAUGAGGUGGAGCAUCCCUACGCUAGCGGGGUCUACGACAAGAGGGCCCCUGCUGGCUACGUGCGGUAUGGAAGCGACGCUCAGGUCUCGCACCUCGGACGAGCCAGCUCCAUUGAAGUUCGCUACGCCACCGCUUUCAGCGAUGAAAAUCCUGCAGCAUGUGCUGUCAUGUGAUACUACGUACCCUCCAAUGCUAAGCAUAUAUAUAUAUAUAUGGUGAUAGUAGUUUGCUCAUUCUACUAAUUCAUCCAUUUGUGUUUGUGGUUGUGGAAUCUGAAUCUUGUCAUCGAUCAUGUGUUUUAUCAAUAUAGUUAAUCAAUAAAUUAUUGAGUACUUAUGGAGCUUCAAA